GUGCGUCACUGUCAUUAUUUGACGUUGUAACGUAACUGCUUUGAUUCAGUGAAUAAACUGUAUGUUUUGUCGUAAAUAUAAACACAAUAACAAAACAAAAAUCGAUUCAAAAUAAUCUAUGUCCGAGUAUCCUCUAUAGUCUAUAAGAUUCUAGUAAGAAAACAGUGAAAUCUGUCCGGAAAAAGUUCUACAAGCCGCACGCAUAAACUCUGAAUAAACUUAUCCUAUCAAACAGAUUACAUAGUUGUAGCAUCAAACAAGAUAAUUUUGACUUCAAAAGAACUACUCAUCAAUGUAGUGAGGAGAAGAGUGAUACAAAAGUUAUUGGUACCCUAGCAAUGAAGUCUGUAGUUGAACCAGAUAGUAAGAGGAGCAUGAGCUCUGCUGCAAUAUAUUCACUGUUACAUAAAGUCAAAGAUGAACACUGGGAUGGAGUUAACCAGGUGAAACCAGAGAAUCAGUUGUUGGUUGAGGUUAAAUUGGAAAGACCAGAUGCAGAACCAACUGUGGACAACAUGAAGCUUGAAAAUAUGGGUACCUUGCCGCUGAUUGAAGAGUUUAACAUCAAAUCAGAAUACAAUGAAGAUGUCAUAUCCGAUUUAACAUGGAAUAGAAUUAACUCGACAGCAGAUUCUGUUGACCAACAGUCUGAAAAAGUGGAUGAAAAUCCACCUAUGAGCAUCAUACAUUUUGAAAAUAUGGACUCAUUAGGGCUGAAUGAGGAAUGUGAGAUUAAAACUGAGAGUCACCAAAGUGACAGACAUGAUUCAGACUCCGAUAGUGCAAAAAUAAAGAAACAGUGGAAAAGGGAACAAGAAUAUUCGCAGGUCGAAGAAGGACAAAAGUUGUUUAGCUGCUAUGUCUGUAACUAUACGAGCCAUUGUAAAAAGGGUUUUAUCGUUCAUAUGAAAAGGCACAAUUGCCACAUAGACUCGAAUUUGGAAAAAUCACAAUCUGUUUCUAUGAAAUCUUACGAACUGAAUGAAUACUUUUGUAUCACAUGUAAUAAGGUGAUCAAAAUACUUAAAUGUACAUUCUGUGAUUUCAGAACAGCUCAUCAAGAAUAUUUAACUAAACAUAUGUUAAGACACACUGCUUCUUCUCGGCUGCACAUAUGCAAACAUUGUAAUGUGUCAUUUAAAAAAAAGCAAUCGCUCUGUAACCAUAUUCUAAAGCAACAUCCCGACUUUAGCGGGACAAUUUCUAUUAAGAUAUAUGAAUGUUUACAUUGUGCACUCAAAACAACCAAUAGGACUAGUUUUAUAGAGCACAUGGCAAAACAUAACACUCAUAAGCCCUUUAAGUGUAUAAACUGUCGUGCGUCAUUUAAAACUAAGCUCUGUUUAGAUGACCACGUCUUGAAGAAACAUCCUGAGUUCACUACUUCUGUGUCUCGUAAGAUACACGAAUGUACACAUUGUGAAUAUAAAACUACAUACGCGCACUGUUUAGCGGGGCAUAUGAUGAAACAUACUGGAGCUAAGCUCAACUGUACAAAGUGUGAUGCGUCAUUUGCAACCAAACAUACUUUAAACAAUCACAUUUUACAGAAGCAUCCUGAGUUUACAGCUGGUGUGUCUUGUAAAGUACAAGAGUGUUCACAUUGUGAAUAUAAAACUACAGAAUCGCGAUAUUUAGCUAGGCAUAUGAUGAGACAUACUAAGGCUAGGCUUACGUGUGCGAAGUGUGACGCAUCAUUUACAACCAAACAAGUGUUAGACAACCACGUAAUACAGAAUCAUCCCGAGUUUACUGCUUCUGUGUCUCGUAAGAUACACGAAUGUACAUACUGUGAAUACAAAACUACAUACUCGCAGUCUUUAACUAGGCAUAUGAUGGAACAUACCGGAGUUAAGUUCACGUGUGAAAAGUGUGAUGCGUCAUUUAAAAGCAAAAAAACGUUAGACAACCACAUUUUACAGAAACAUCCUGAGUUUACUGAUUCUGUGUCUCGCAAGAUACAUGAAUGUACACAUUGUGAGUAUAAAACUACACGCGCAUACUCUUUGGCUAAGCAUAUCAUGAAACAUACAGGAGCUAAGUUCGUGUGUAUAAAGUGUGAUGCGUCAUUUAAGAGCACAAAAUCGUUAGACAACCACGUUUUACAGAGACAUCCUGAGUUUACUGCUCCCAUGUCUCGUAAGAUACACAAAUGUACGCAUUGCGAAUUUAAAAGUACAUACGCACAGUCAUUAUCUAGGCAUAUCGUGAAACAUAUUGGAGCUAAGUGUACAAACUGUGAUGCGUCAUUUAUAAGCAGAAAAUCGUUAGUCAAUCACAUUUUACAGAAACAUCCUGAGUUGACAGCUUCUGUGUCUAGUAAGAUACACGAAUGUACGCAUUGUGAAUACAAAAGUAUAUGCGGGUACUCUUUGGCUAGGCAUAUGAAAAAACAUACUGGAGAGUGUACAAAGUGAUGAUGCGUCAAUUGAAAGCAAAAAUUUGUUAGACAACCACAUUUUACAGAAGCAUCAAGAGUUUACUGCUUCUGUGUCUCUUAAGAUGCAUGAUUGUACACAUCGUGAGUAUAAAACUACAUACGCAUACACUUUAGCUACGGAUACCAUGAAAGAUACUGGAGCUAAGUUCAUUUGUGUAUACGUAUAGUGUGAUGCGUCAUUUAUGUGCACAAAAUCGUUAGACAACUACAUUUUACAGAAACAUCCUGAGUUUGCUGCUCCCAUGACUUGUAACAUACACGAAUGUGCAUUGUGAACUUAACCCUUUCACCACUGAAUAUGUUUUUAAUAAAUUUUCGUUUCAAAUAUAUAUUUUUUAGUAAAAUAGUGACUAUAAUGAAAGAUAUUUGCAAUAAAUUCUUUGAAAAUAUUCUGCUUAUCCUGAAAAUGUGCUGGGAUGGUAUGUACCACUAGAAGAUAUGGUUAGGACUAAGGUCAAACUCAGAUUAUUAAAAAAAAUAUCCGUCAUAUCUAUACCGCGUGAUACUAGCAUCUUGCGUUUAAAUUUCAAUAAUAUUAUUCCAUGCCCUCGUAAUAAUCGACGGCGGAGGUAUCCUGUAGAGAGGUAAAGUUAAUGUGUUCUCAAUCAAAUAGUCAGGAUGUCUCGGAAAAUACUCUGAAUCACAAAACUUCUCUUAGUUACCUCAAUGCACAACUUUGCCCUUAUUCAACCAACUUAGUUAUUGUUUCCGAGAUCACAAUGGUGAGAAUAGAAUUUGAAACACCCGCGAUAGAACGCGGAUGAUCUGCUGUACUAUGUGUUUUGCUGGAUACAACCAUGGUAUGAUUCUUAUUAUCUUUUAAAGUAUAUUUGUAUGUUGUAACUGAUUUCCAUAUGGAGUUUUAUUAAUAAAGAUACAUAAAACCUG